UCCCCACACAGCAAAUCUGAAACAAAAUGACUCCGUGAAAUCAAACGCCUGUGGUGGGAGCAAAGAAACCCUUGCAAAAAUUAGUGGGCUGUGGUCCGAGAAUCCGACUCCUCAGUAUCAGUGGUACUUGAUCUGCCCCAGGUGUAAUGCCAGAAGCUGCCGCCGCAAGCAGUCCCACACCAAUACUAACCCCGAUCGCUACUUCUACUCUUGCCCCGAUGUCACUCCUCUCAUUCCUCUUCAUCCCAUUUUCCAUCUUCCUUCUUGAAAGAUUUUACUAACUUAGCCCCUUUUCUUGUCUUUAUUGUGAUUUGUAGGUCAAUUUUUCAAGUGGGAGGACGAUGUGAAGCCCCAUGAAUGGACCAGAGUGCCUUGCUGCGGGGGCUGUAGCGCCGGAGUUUGCCGGGUUAGUAGGGAGGUUUUCGGACCCAAUGCGGGUCGGGUCAUGUUCAUGUGCAGAGUAAAGGAGGGAGAAGGUUCGUGUGGGUAUAGAGUUUGGCUAGACGAGCUGGAAAUGAUGGAAGCUCGUCAAACAGAGGAAAGGAUGAUUCCGUCUCUAUCAGGAAGGGUAGAUUGCAACGGUGGAGUCACUGAUGUUGUCGAGAACGACAGCAAGCAGAGGGAUGGAGGGACAGAUCAUGUUUCACCUUUGGUUGAACCUUCAGAUGAUCUCGUGUGUCGUGAAGUAGAAGUAACCCCUCGGAGGAUGGAUCAGUUGAAAUGCCUGGAAGAAAGAUCUAAUUCGACUUCAAGGAGACCUCACAAACGGUCACGUUGUGGAGCUUCCGGUUUUCCAAAUUAUGCUAGCUUUGCGACAGUACGUGUAGCACUGAAAUCUACUUCAACUAGACACUGUUGGAUGGCGGAUGCAAUCCGUGGGAAUCUAAGCACUGAACUCAAUGGCUGGUGGGGAAGGCUUGUUUUCCAUCCGAAGCGCUGCUUGAUGAGUUAUGAACUGAAACCAUCCACCACGUCUGUUUCCAAUCCUCUAGAGUUUGUGGUGCAAGACAUUUUGGUGAACCUUAGUGGUUCAAUCACCCCGGGAAGAAAUGCAAAGGCAGUCGAAGGCUAUAGAAUGCUUUCGUUCAAUCUGGAACAGCAUCAUAGUCCUAUAAUCUAGAAUGCCUCCAGUAUGAGCUUCUUGCCCGUCUGGAGACAAUGGAUGUUAAAGACCACGCUGCCAUGACUCAGGAGGCGGAAGCUACGUUUGCUGCUCUAGAUUGCUUGCUUUUCGAUUACAAAGAUUUCAAAAGGCACGUGGAUGAACUGAUCCGCUGUGCUUCACAGUUGUUUGAGAUUGACCGAGCUAUUCCCACGGCUGAUUCUAAUCAGAAGUUGAUUGAGAUCUGUUCUACAGAGAGAGAGGCUAGAUGAGAUCAACCGCGUGCAUGCUGAGGCGCUCGAAGCCUUGAUCGACAGCAAGAAUCACAUAAAAGUUUUGCAAGAAGAGAUCUCUUCUGCCCUUGACCGGCUGUUCCAGAUUGAAGCCGAUGUAUCUUGUUGUGAGGUUGAGAUGAGGUGUUUGGAGAUCGAGCUCGAGAAAACAUCUCAAAACAAGGAGGCGUUGGAGGGCAAGUACUUGAUUGCAUCUAAAGAACUGGAAGAGUCUCAGAAACUCAUCAAACACAGUGAAGCAGAACGAAAUGCUGCAAAGGCUGCAUUCGACCGGGCAAGAGCAUUGCUACGAGGAUAGAAUAGCACACGAGCUGUCUCAUUGUUCAUGUAACGUAUCUAGGCGUAUCUAGGAUCAAAAUAAUGCCUAUUCUAAUCUGUAAUCUAUCCUUG